GUGACCAUGCUCUUCUGUGUGUCAGAAUCAACAACAUAGCAAUGGCUGUUGGCAAAGAAGCUAAACUCUACCUGUUCCAAGCCCAGGAAUGGCUGAAGCUUCAGGAGAGCAGUCCUGGGUAUAGCUGUAGUGAGAGGUUAUCCAGAGCUCAGUUGACAAUGACAAUGAACCAGACCGAACACAACCUGACAGUGUCCCAGAUUCCGGCUCCCCAAACAUGGCAUGUGUUCUAUGCAGACAAAUACACCUGCAGAGAGGACGUGGAGAGUCCCCAGGGGGAAGAUAUCCCAUUUGAAAUGGUGUUACUAAACCCAGAUGCUGAAGGAAACUCAUUUGAUCAUUUUAGCGCUGGGGAAUCAGGGUUGCAUGAGUUCUUCUUCCUCCUAGUCCUGGUGUACUUUGUGGUGGCCUGCGUUUAUGCUCAGGCGCUGUGGCAGGCUCUCAGGAAGGGAGGUCCCAUGCACAUGGUCUUGAAGGUCCUGACAACUGCACUGCUGCUACAAGCUGCCUCAGCCCUAGCUAAUUACAUUCAUUUCUCCAGGUACUCCAAGGAUGGAAUAGGGGUACCUCUUAUGGGAAGUCUGGCCGAAGUUUUUGACAUUGCCUCCCAGAUUCAGAUGUUGUACCUGCUCCUGAGCCUGUGCAUGGGGUGGACAAUUGUCAGAAUGAAGAAGUCUCCAAGCAGACCUCUCCAGUGGGACUCAACCCCUGCGUCCACAGGCAUCGCAGUGGUCAUUGUCGUGACCCAGAGCAUUUUGCUCCUUUGGGAGCAGUUUGAAGACACGCGUCACCAUAGCUCGCAUUCUCACCGCAGCUUAGCAGGGGUCCUUCUGAUCGUCUUAAGAAUUUGCCUGGCCCUGUCACUGGGCUGUGGCCUCUCCCAGAUCAUCACCAUGGAGAGGAGCACGCUCAAGAGGGACUUCUACAUCACAUUCGCCAAAGGCUGUAUCUUGUGGUUCCUGUGCCAGCCAGUGCUUGCCUGUGUCGCUGUAAUAUUUAAUGAGUACCAAAGAGAUAAGGUUAUCACAAUCGGUGUUAUCCUUUGCCAGUCUGUUUCCAUGGUAAUUUUGUAUAGACUCUUCCUGUCCCACAGUCUAUACUGGGAAGUUUCCUCACUUUCCUCAGUGACACUACCACUGACCAUUCCAUCUGGACAUAAAAGUCGCCCUCAUUUCUGAAGCCCGGCUUUUGCCGGAAGCACAGUGAAUUGGGUACGUGCAGUAAGGGUCCAGAUGCAGUGACUUCUCUCAUGCUCCUGCUGUGAAAAACUGAACAGUGAGCGAAGGCACAGCAUGGUAUUUAUAUCACUGCAUUUCAGCAGUGCUGAAACUCUAAGGUAAUAAAUGUGCUGGAGUGCACUCAAACAAUAAACCUGUGAAAGAGAAUGCUGUUUCAAGGUGACUGAAGCACUUUUGAUGUGGAAAUGUGAAAGAGACGACUCGAAUGACAUGUGGGUCAGGUGCUCACACCUCCGAUGCCUCAUCAGUAUUGAGCUCAGGUCUGAUAGUCUUAAACAGUGCUCCCUCAAAUGAUCACGCUUACACAUAUCCAGCUAGCCCAGGUGUGACGUCAGUGGGAGGUGCUGAUUUUAAAAUACUUUUCAUGCUUUACAGAACGUGCAUUUCACAUUACAGUUUAAAGGAAUUGGAAAUGAAAUUACUUCAGGAAAUAAAUAGAAAGUAUGUUAACA